AUGAUAGUAGCAACAGCAGCAACAAUGUUUGAGAGUGAUGAUGAUGAAGAACUAAAUAAUUUACGAUUUUUCGAUAUUGGUCAUGUAACACAUGAGGAUGAGAAGUCGUCGCUCAUCAUUGACUGUCUUAAUUCACCAUUAGCAUCAUUUGAAGAAGCUUGUAAACCUUUGGAAAAUUUAAUUGAUAAUAUUCAAACAAAAGUCUACAUCAUCAGGCAGCAACAACAAAUGGGUAAUCAUAAUUGCGUUUGUCUCGUGCCAGAUGAAUCUGCAGCCAUUCAAUUGUAUACGUGGGAAUGGUCACCCCAUUCAACAUGUAUCUAUUUUAUCCUUAAUGAAACACUUCGGCAUCCAUUAGCAAACUCGGUACUAUGGUAUUCGUAUUUAAAAUUAUUAUUAACUGCAAUUGAUAAAUUACCUCCGAUCGAACGUUGUACACUCUAUCGUGGCAUACGAUUAUGUGAUCUAUCCGGUGAAUAUGAAGAUGAUAAAGUGUACACAUGGUGGAAUAUCACUUCGUGUCUACAAUCACAAGAACAAAUGACAUCAAGAAUAUUUUUAGGUACGCAUGGUACACGUACACUAUUUCAAAUUGAUUGUUAUAGUGGGAAAAAAAAUCCAUUGUCGCAAGAUGGUGAUGAGGUGAUACUAAUGCCCGGUUUUCAUUUUCAAGUUAUUGGUAAAUUACGAUCAUUAGACGAGUUAAAUACGAUUUAUAUACGUGAAAUAGAACCAUCAUCACUUACACUCAUAAAACCACCAAUAAUUGCUACUACAGCCAUAGCAGUUGAGGAAGAACCAUCUUUGGCACCAGAAGAAGUUAAAAAAAAACAUCGACGUAAAUCAACACUAACAAAAACGAAAAAAACUUUUAAAAGUACGGCUCUUCGAUUAAUAGAAAUGUCGAAACUGUCAAAUGAGUGUGCUGAUCAUAUUCUUGAAUUCUCAAAUAAAAAAUUAUCCAUUGAUGAGUUAAACCUGUCUCUAAAUGAACGAUUGACACAAAAAAUAACUAUAUUAAAUUUAUCAAAUACAAAUUUAAUAAAAGAAAAGGUAAAAAUUAUUGCUGACAUGUUAAAAACAAAUCAAACUCUUGAUGAACUUAAUUUAAGUUAUAAUUCGUUGGGUAAUGCCGGUUGUAUUCUAAUCGCUCAAGCAUUGUAUCAUAAUCAACAUUUAAAAAAUUUAUCUUUAUACAAUACAAAAAUUUCAAGCGAUAGUAGUUGUUAUCUCGGUGAAAUGUUAGCCGUAAAUAAACGACUUCGUUCUCUACAUCUUGGUGUUAAUUCAUUGGGUAAUUUGGGUGUAAAAUAUUUAUUUAUCGAAGGAAGUAAUAUACAGUUACAUUAUUUGAAUUUAUGUUGUAACAGAAUUGAUCAUGAAGGUUGUCAAUAUUUGGUAAAAAUGUUAGCUAGAAAUGAAACCCUCACAUAUUUCGAUAUUGGUGGUAAUGCAAUUAAAGAUCGAGGAGUUCAAGAGAUUUGUAAUAGUUUGUUGAAUAAUCAAACAUUAACAGAAUUACACAUGUGGCAUUGUCAAAUUACCGACAGUAAUGCAAUAGGCGAUUUAUUAAAAUCAAAUUUAACGUUAGUCGAAUUGGAUUUAGAGGGAAACCAUAUAACCGAUAACGGCGGGAUGAUAAUAGCAGAUAUUUUAUUAUCGACAACGAUAAAAAGUAAAACAUUGAAACUACUGAAUUUAUCGCAUAACAAAAUAACAGAUAAAUGUACAAAACGGUUAAUAACAAUAACUGAUUUAACUGUAGUCGUCUAA